AUGGCCUACUGGCUGAUGAAGAGCGAGCCGGGCACCUGGUCCUGGGACGACCAGGUGGCCAAGGGGACCGAGCACUGGGACGGGGUGCGCAACUACCAGGCCAGCAACAACAUGAAGGCCAUGAAGUGCGGCGACCGCGCCUUCUUCUACCAUUCGGUCAACGAGAAGCGGAUCGUCGGCAUCGUCGAGGUGGUCAAGGAAUACUACCCCGACCACACCGACCCCUCGGGCCGCUUCGGCAUGGUCGACGUCAAGGCGCUGCGCCCCUUCGCGCGGCCGGUCAGCCUGGCCGAGAUCAAGGCCGACGGGCGCUUCGACGACCUGCCGCUGCUCAAGCAGUCGCGCCUGUCGGUGCAGCCGGUGCCCGACGCGGCCUGGCGCCAGCUCUGCGCCCUGGGCAAGACCGAUCCCGACUGA